AUGUGGUGGAUCAGACCUGAAUGUGUUGAGUCUGGAUCUGCUCUGAGGGAGUGUGCACACUCAUCUUCCUCUAAAGACAUCCUGACUCUCACCUGCUCAGACUCUGUCAGGCUGCUGGGGGGGACUGGUCUGUGCUCAGGCAGACUGGAGGUGAAGUCUGACCAGUCUAACCAGUCUAACCCGUCCUGGUCCUCAGUGUGUGAGGCUGACUUUGACCAGCAGGAUGCUCAGGUGGUCUGCCGGCAGCUGGGCUGUGGGGCUCCUUCAGUCCUCCAGGGGGCGCUCUAUGGAGAAGGGGAGGCUCCAAUGUGGACCAAAGAGUUCCAGUGUGGAGGCCAUGAGUCUGCUCUCCUGGACUGUAGCUCAGCCUCAGAGAGAAACACCUGCUCACCUGGCACAGCUGUUAGCCUCACCUGCUCAGAGCCUGGUGGUGUUAGGCUGGUGGGAGGAGAGAGUCGCUGUGCAGGAGACCUGGAGGUGGAACAUCAGGGAGAAUGGAGACCAGUGGGGGGCUCUUACUCUUUCUGGACCCUGAAGGAAGCAGGAGUCGCCUGCAGAGAGCUCGACUGUGGCUCUGCUGUUUCUGUGAGAGAGAGAAAGGGGUCCUCAGUGAGACCUGUGUGGAGGAUCAGCUCUGACUGUGUUGAGUCUGGAUCUCCUCUGAGGGAGUGUGCAGAAGCAUCUUCCUCUCCCUACAUCCUGACUCUCACCUGCUCAGACUCUGUCAGGCUGCUGGGGGGGACUGGUCUGUGCUCAGGCAGACUGGAGGUGAAGUCUGACCAGUCUAACCCGUCUAACCCGUCCUGGUCCUCAGUGUGUGAGGCUGGCUUUGACCAGCAGGAUGCUCAGGUGGUCUGCCGGCAGCUGGGCUGUGGGGCUCCUUCAGUCCUCCAGGGGGCGCUCUAUGGAGAAGGGGAGGCUCCAAUGUGGACCAAAGAGUUCCAGUGUGGAGGCAAUGAG